UGGGCAUGAAAUACCAUUUCCUUGGUGGGUAUGCCAAUAGCAGAGUAGAGGACUUACUACUCCUUCUCCAUGGAAAUGUAACUAUGUUUUAUGACUAUCUGGAUGAACUCGCAAAGAUUGGUCGCCUGAAAAAUAUGGGAGGACAAAGGAGAGACAAAAGUAAAUUGACAGCAGAGAAUAUGCUCAAGGCAGGACUCGACCAAACUGUGCAAUGGACUUCAUCCACAGAAUGCACUGUUCCAUCACAGACAGCAUUUGGGACGAUUUAUAAUGUGGACAUUGUCAAUGAAGUGUGCAAUUGUCCAGCAGCAACAACAAGAGGAAUGUGUAAGCAUGUUCAUUUAGCUGAAUUGAUUGCUUCUAAAAGGAACAUCGACCUUACUGUAGAGCGCAGAUCAGAAGCAAUGGAUGUAUUUAAUGCAGAACAAUAUUUUUAUGACAGUGAUAACAACCAGGUAGAGGUUUUGUCAAGAUUGGGAAAUGUAUCAGUUGUUAAUUUGACCUCUUUCAAAUGUACAUGUUUUGCCAAUAGCCAUGGUAAACAUUGUGUUUGUGUGAUGGUAGCAAAACUGGUAGUUCCAUCACCUGACAUAGAGUCUACCUCAAUUGAUGAAACAAAACAACAAUUAAUUGAAGACAAAGAAACAACCGACCAGGCUAUUAAAAGAAAAAUUGAGGAAAUCAAUUUAUAUGUAAACAAUAAAAAUUUCCAGACAAUUGACGUGAAAAAAAAGAAAGCUAUUUGUCAAGCACUCACAACGGCAUUACAUAUUUGUAAGACAACCAACUUUUCCAAAACAACAAGAAAGCGAAAGCAGCAACCGCUGUUUCCAAGCAGAAAAUCCAAAAGUCCAAAAACUGAUCAUGACUAUUCAGUAAGCCGAAAGUGUGUUCUGAAAAAACGGGGGCGUAAAGUUAAUGAUGAUGGCAGUUUCAAAUCUACGCACAGAAAGAAAGGAUCCAUUCGUAAACCAUUUCAAUGAAAAAAAUAAUGAAAU